UUGCCUUUGCCUUUGCCUUUGCCUUUGCCCUUACCUUUACCUUUACCGCUACCUUUUUUUUUAACCUUUACCUUCUUCUCCUCUUCAUCCCCUUCCUCCUCUUCCUCCUCCUCUCCCUUCUCCCUCUCCCUCUCCCUCUCCCUUCUAUCCCGUCCCUAUGAUAUGAUCUUAGAAAUAUGACCUCUUCUAAAUACUUCGGCCUUCAAGGCCACCUCCUAAGCAGAUUGCAGACGGCUCUUAUCGUCGCUCCGUCCUUCAUCUUGUUUGGGUACAAUCAGGCCGGUAUUGGCGGUCUGAUCACCCAGAACGAUUGGGUUAAAACGUUCCCUGAAAUCGACACUGUCCACGCCGUCGGUUCCGAGAAGAGCGAGAAAUCGACGCUGCAGGGUUUCGUCGUAGCUGUCUUCGUUAUUGGUGCCCUCUUUGGUGCGCUCUCGUGUUCGUACACGGGUGAUCGGUUUGGCCGCCGCAAUGUUAUCUUCUUCGCUGGUCUGUGCACCUUAAUCGGUGAGAUCCUCGAGGCGUCUUCCUUUGGACUACCGCAAUUCAUCGUCGGUAGAGUUAUCGUAGGUCUCGGCGUCGGACAGCUAAGCUCCCUCGUCCCCGUAUGGCAGAGCGAAACUGCUGGUGCGAAGAAUCGUGGUCGCCACGUCGUGCUGGAUGGUCUCUUCAUCUGCCUCGGUUAUGUCCUCGAGUCCUGGAUUAACCUGGGCUUCUUUGAAUUGAAAACCGGACCCGUCACCUGGCGCCCACCCAUCGCCAUUGCCUGCGUCUUUUCGCUAGUCCUUAUAUGCUCUAUUUAUAUGUUCCCAGAGUCGCCCCGCUGGCUCCUCAUGACGAACAAGAGCGAGCUGGCCCGCGAGAAUCUCGCCAUCCUCCGGGGCCUUCCGCAGGAUGCGUCUGAGGUCAGUGCCGAGAUUGAGGGUAUUGAACUUUCUCUCGAGCUCUCGGCCGACGGCGGCGCUAAGCUAAGCCAAAUAUUCAAGAUGGGCGAAGACAAGCUAGCGUACCGAUUUGGGCUGUGUAUCCUCUUGCAGUUUUACCAGCAGAUGUCUGGAAGCAAUCUUAUCAGCGUAUACGCGCCGAUCCUCUUUCAAGAGAACCUUGGCUUAAGCAGCGAGAUGUCUCGCAUCCUUUCUGCCGGUGCCUUGACUUGGAAGUUCUUGUCGUCGUUUUUGGCCUUCGUGGCUAUCGAUCGCUUCGGGCGACGCGCUGUUUUCAUGGUUAGCGGCGCUGGCAUGUCGUGCUGCAUGAUAGCACUCGCGGUUGCAACAUCGUUCCCCACGUCCAACAGAGCCUCGCAGAUCGCCGCAGGCUGCUUUAUUUAUCUGUACAACAUGUUCGUCCCCAUCGGUUUCCUUGGCGCCAAUUUCUUGUACUGCACCGAAGUCGCCCCACUCCGGCUGCGCAUGGCCAUGAGCUCGAUCUCGACAGCCAACCAUUGGGCCUGGAACUUCCUAGUCGCCAUGGUCACCCCCGUCGCCAUCUACAGCAUCGGCUGGCAGUACUACAUCGUAUUUGCCGUCGUCGCCGCCUGCGUGCCCGUCUCGGUCUACUUCCUAUUCCCCGAGACCAUGGGACGCAGCCUGGAGGAGAUUGACCUCAUGUUCAAAGACUCGCCGUCCGCGUUGGCGACCGUCCGGUUCGAGAAGCAGCUACGCCGUGCCGGUACGCCAACGUUGUCGCUUACAGAGAAGAACAAGCUUGACCACUCUGAAGGCUAGGCUUUCUUCCCCCCCCGCCCCCUCUUGGCUAUCGGUGAUUCCUAGGCUUGGGCACAUUGGAUAAACUGGACCGGGGUGGACUUUAUGAACCUGGAUGAUAUGAAUCUAUGAAGUAUACGUUUUUUGGAAAUAAGCUUUUUUUGCGUAGGUAGAAACGCAGAAUAGCAUUACGUUUUAUUGGAUAAGCACGAGUGAGCAUAUGUGAUGAUCAUAUAGAGACAUGUUGUAGAGCGUAUUUUGUUGAUCUGUCUUGUUUAAACAGAAGCCUAGGCGAAAAGGACCAUCACAUGUCAUGUUAAAUUUGCUGCCUGGUUGAGCAAACACGACGCUGGCUUAUGCGGGAUAUUGUAGCCUGGAGAUUAUUUAGUCAAUAUGGUGAGUUAUUAU